ACUGUCAAAAUAACCAAUAACCAAAAAAGCUGAUUUCGUAUUUCGUACAUAAUAAUUAAACAAGUCUUAGUUACCUAUACCUACUUAAGUAAAGAAAAAAAACGAGAAAAGCGUGUAUGUAAAAUUUUAUUAAUCAAUGGACUUUUGAUAUUAAAAUGGCAACGAACUAUGCAAAGUAUGCCCAAUUAAUAAAGGGUACUAGUAACUAUGCCCGAAGAAUGCAGAGGUUAUCAAACCGUAUUUUUGGUGAAGUAGCCACGCAAACAAACCCUAGCUCUUUGAAGGUAGUUAAAAUGUUUGCAGCUCGACCUCUACAUACAAACGAAGAGAUUCUUCACUAUUAUCCGCGCCACAUAGAGACACACGCGCUGAUGCUGAAGCUGCGAGAGUACGGUUUGUUCAGAGACGAGCAUCAGGACUUUGUUGAGGAAAUGAAGCGACUUCGUGCAUUACGUGGUAAAGUGAAAGUCUGGAGACGACAUAUGAACAAUGAAAACAAGGAAUAAUGUAAAAUCAAUUUGUAAUAAAUUUAGGAAAUAGCUUUAGUUAUUAAAUACUAUACACUAAUACCAGUC